AAACUUGUCAUAAAAUUUGCACUUGUUAUGCUUUUAUAGAGAAAAACGGUAGACAAUGGUCCCUUUUUUCCAUUCUGGGGCGCUGCUUUGUUGCAUCGGGAGGUAACAUACAGAACACGCGUUUUGCAGCUUUUACAGACCAAGUGCAUCAGUAAACUAGCUACACGGAGGGGUGGAGAUCUGCUAGGAGAAAAAUGAGGAGCGGAUGUCUCGUAGUAUGUCUCCUAGUUGGACAAGUCUGCUGUAUUCCAAUGUCCACUCUGUCCAAACGCAAAGGAAUAGGGCAUAGCAAGAGAAAUGUAUUCGAGAACGCCCAUGACCGCAUUACCAAGGUGAACAGAGCCAAUGACGUCAACAUGUACGAGGGAGACAUAUUUCUAACAAAGGGCAUGGAGGGACCCGCUGACCUCAGUUCUGCUGGCGACGUCGAUGAGGAUCUGAGCUUGCGCAGUAAGCGCAACGCCGUCCGCGACCGAAAAAGGCUAUGGACCAAUAAGAUCAUACCUUAUCAAUUCGAGUCUGGUUUUCCAAACGACUUGCGCCCCACAAUACUAGAAGCCAUGGAGGAGUACCACAAAAAAACGUGUUUAAGGUUCAAGGAGAGGACAGACGAACGAUAUUUCCUUAGAUUUGUGAAUAAAAAAGGUUGCUGGUCAUCGGUUGGUCGUUCCUACUGGGUGGAGGAUGUAGGCCAGGAAGUAUCCCUCGGAUCGGGAUGCAACGAUAAGAAAAUAAUUAUGCACGAAUUGAUGCACGCCAUAGGGUUCUGGCACGAACAGAGUAGGCCCGAUAGAAACAAAUACGUGGAGGUGCUGUGGGAGAACAUCCAAGAAGGCGAGGCUCACAACUUCAACAAGUACUCGCAUGGCGAGAUCGACACUCUACAAGUCCCGUACGACUUUGACUCCAUCAUGCACUACGGGAGGACAAGCUUUGGCAAGGACGGCCUGGAGACAAUCCGCGCUAUUCACGACCCGGGACGAGAGCUUGGGCGGGUCAUACCCGCAUUUACGGAGCUGGAUCUGCGGGAGAUCAACGCAUUGUACAACUGUAGGCCUGACGCGGGCUCUGGGUGGAGCGUGUGGUCGGAUUACAGCCCUUGUGAUAUUUACUGCCACAAAUACAAACAGAGGUUCUGCUCCUCGGCUAACCGAAGUACGGACUGUCCGGAAUCAGACGAUUACGGAGUCCAGACCAUAGACGUGGCAUGCUCACAUGAGGAGUGUAAUGCACCAGUAGAUGGCCACUGGGGUCGGUGGUCCUCUUGGAGUUCUUGCAGCAAGACGUGUGGCCCAGGUGUUAUGACGAGAACCAGGAAAUGCGACGAUCCACGCCCCAGACGUGGCGGCAAGGACUGUGUGGGGGAAAGCAAUGGAAAUGGCAUCUGCAAAGUCAGGUCCUGUGGUAUCGGCCCUGAUGACUGCGAAUUCGAUGCGGAUGGAAUGUGCCACUGGACGAACAGUGAAAGCAACCCGCCGCACUACAACUGGGAAAGAAAACAAGGCACCACUCCAUCUGGAGGAACGGGACCACAGGGUGACCACACAUCUGGGACAGGGCACUACAUCUUCACGGAGUCUUCCGGGCCUAACGGGCCAGGUUUUAAGUCCCACCUUCUCAGCAAAACCUUCAAAGCGACCGGCGGGCGAUGCCUGUCUUUCUGGUACAACAUGAAUGGUGGCAGCGCCGUCGGAUCACUCAACGUGUACCUCGCUAAUAGGGCGUCCCUAUCCCUUGUGUGGAGUAAGACUGGGAACCAGGGCUCGGAUUGGAAAAUUGGUCAUGUGACCAUCAAAAGUACCAGCGAGUACAAGAUCGUCUUCGAGUCCGUAAGGGGUGCCGACUUCCUGAGUGACAUCGCACUUGAUGACGUACGAUUUGACGACGCCCCAUGUGUGGAAGCAGUUGGGUGUUACCGUGACAGUGGCUACAACCGCGCUUUUCCCGUUUAUUACGCCGACCUGCGCCCGGAGAUCGACUGGUACAACAUGAAGGCUACCAUCAUGAAGUGUGCGCUACUGGCCGAGAAAUUUAGUAUGAAGGUAUUUGGGGUCCAGUACUAUGGAGAAUGCUGGGGAUCAAGAGAACCAAAAGUAAAGUACAACAAAUUUGGAGCUGACCCUGAUAGAUGCUGGUCAGGAGUAGGCAAACACUUCGCCAAUUUUGUUUACAAAAUUGUAUAAAGGAUCUGGAAUCAGGCCCCUAGAUGAGAAAAGAAUUAGGGUCUCCUUACACAGUUAUCCCAUACUGGAAGAAGACCACACUGGUGUUGCAUCUAUCUUACUGUAAAAUGACUCCUAGAGAAAUAAACUGCAACAAAAUCUUA